UGCACCCUCAAAACUAGGAAAUAGAUCAGGACAGGAAGUGACCGAACUACCCUCUUCGUCUUUCCUUGCUCAAUUCCUUCUUUGGGGACAACUCAAACAAGGAUGAUACCGCAGCAAUGGGCGUCUCCAUGUGGAAACAAAUGCACCAAUAAAUACUCUGCUCUCACCAAAAUCCCAUGGCGAGUAUUCUGCAAAAAGGGUUGCAACUCAGAUGGAGAGUCAUGGGAAGAGUGUUUGGAGGACUGCAAUCAACUAUGCUACAAGGACCCUGUACUAAAAGACCAGCAAUGGAGUGCCUAUAUUGAUCGUUCUCCUGGAGCUGUCAGUUACUCAGAGGAAUGUUUUCGUGCUUGUGUAUCUGGCUGCAGUUACAAGUUUGAUGUUAAACCAGAGGAAGCUGAUAAAGUCUCUCCUAACAGACAAACAAUGCCUGAGACUGUGGCUGUUCAGAAGCCAAAGCCAGAAUUGGUAUACCCCAUUGAUCCACCUGCUGAUAUACCUGGAACUUCUGCAUAGUGACAGACAACAUAAUUUACCAAAGAGAGAGAUACCAGCAACACUCUUCAAUACUUUAUUUCUAACAUAAUUUUCUGUUUCUCAGAAUUUAUCCAAAAUCACGCUUUAAUUUGUCUUAUUUCUAAACCAUGAGAGAGACUAGUUAAAUAAAAUAUUAAACUCAUAAAAAAUUAUAAUUUUCAAAAGUUUUAGUCAGCAAUAAAAAGAGUACUGCUAG